AUGGAGAAAGCGGUUGAGGAAGCGCGGCGUGCAUACGACGAUUUUCUGGCGGCGAUGGAGGCGGUGGUGGAGGCGAAGGCGGCGGCCAGCGACGAGCGCACGGCCGCUUCGGCCGCGGCUCUCGAGGCUUUCGCAGACCGGUACCGGAGCUUUUUGUGCGCGCUCGACGCGCCGGAGGCGAUGGUCGACGCCGCGAAGCAGAGGUUCACGGCGGAGCUUGGCGGCGGCUUCGUCAAUGAGUCCGCCGCGGGGAGGAUACCGCCGGUGCUAGAGCGGGCGGCGCGGACCAUCGACUUGUUAGCGGCAGACGGCCACAUCCUGCAGAAUCAGAGGUCGCCGAGUGGCGGCGCCGGCGAAGUGGCGGCGUCCCCACCGGUGAAUGACCACGAUGGGAAAUCUUCAGACACGUCGUGAUUAAAGAUCGCAAUUAAUUCCUUUUUAUUUUUAUUUUUUUUUUAUUUUUCUGGUGUUAGAUUUGAAUGAAGUAAUCAUUGGACGAUUGAUAU